AAAUCGUACCUUUACAUUUGAAAGAGGCGCCCACUGCUGCUGCACUGUCGUUCAUAAGCCAGCUUUCACCACUAAUACUGCGUAAUAUUACCACCCCUGCAACAAAUCUCAACUGUGCACAAUGAAAAUGUUCAUCAGCCUCGCACUUGUUGCCAUGGCAGCAGCGACUUCCGUCAAUACGGAAUGGGAGAGCUGGAAAAGAACAUAUGGUAAAGAGUACACCCAAAAAGAGGAGGCACUACGCCACAUGAUCUGGAAUGUAAAUUUAAAAAUGAUACAGAUGCACAAUGAGAAAUACAUGAGCGGAAAGUCGACGUACACCCAAAACAUGAAUCAGUUUGGUGACUUGACAAACGAAGAAUAUAGAGAGUUGAUGUGCGGAUAUAAGAAAAGCAACAAGACCGUAAUUUCCAAACCAUCCACUUUUCUUCUUCCAAGUAACUAUAGAGCACCGGCCAGCAUUGAUUGGAGAACACAGGGUUAUGUCACAGAUGUGAAAGAUCAGGGAGCUUGUGGAUCAUGUUGGGCGUUUAGUUCGACCGGUUCCCUUGAAGGUCAGACUUUCAAGAAAACUGGAAAACUAGUGCCUCUUAGCGAGCAACAGUUGGUAGAUUGUUCCGGUGACUAUGGCAACAUGGGAUGCGGAGGAGGAUGGAUGGAUCAGGCGUUCUCGUACAUCAAAGAUAAAGGAGAAGAGUCCGAGGACGGUUAUCCUUACACUGGAACGGAUGAUACCUGUGUGUAUGACGCCAGCAAAGUGGUUGCCACCGAUACGGGUUACACUGAUAUCCCUGAAAUGGACGAGAACGCUCUGCAACAGGCCGUUGCUACCGUUGGUCCCAUCUCAGUUGCUAUCGAUGCUACCCACUCCUCUUUCCAGUUCUAUGAAUCAGGUGUGUAUGACGAGCCUGAGUGUAGUCAAACCAACUUAGAUCACGCUGUAUUGGCUGUUGGCUAUGGCACAUCUGAGGAAGGUCUGGAUUACUGGAUUGUGAAAAACAGUUGGAGUACUGGAUGGGGCAUGCAAGGUUACAUUGAAAUGUCGAGAAAUAAAGACAACCAGUGCGGUAUUGCCAGCAAGGCUAGCUACCCCGUGGUUUAAAAUCGAAGAAGCGCC